UUUUUUUUUUUUUUCCGCCACGCCACUGUCAUGAUGGCAGCAUCAAGCCCGCAAACCUACACGGACCUGUUGCGUGAGGUCCAGGUCCCCAGGGAUGGGAAAAGGGAGGCGCGCGAGGCCUUUGACAGAGCCGUUUCAUCCCUUUUCCGUGGCGAAUACGAGAUGCUCUACACCGGCAGCGCCUACGAAGGGCUCAAGGUCAAGAGCGCUAACGAGUUUGACGUCAUGGCGGCGACGAAAGACUGGGACCGCGACAUGCUCCGACGCAAGGGCUUCGUCGUGCAUUGGCCCCCCCCUAUUGACGCCUUUCUCGCUGACGUCAGCGAACGUGCUGAGGCGUACCGCAACAAUUUCAACAGGAACCUGGGGCGCAAAGGGCACGCUAUCCGAGCCAAUGGUCCGGGCUCGCUCCUGCGCCUCAAUGUGGGUGGCGUGCCUGGCACCACGACUGCAGACCUUGUACCUGCGGUUCCUGUUGUUGUUGACGGUGCGUGCGAGCCAGGGCCCCUCUCAAUCAUCCCGGACUGGCAGAAGAAGAUCUAUGCCAUUCCCAAGACGCGCAACGACGGGAGAUGGGGCUGGCGCCUCUCUUUAUCGAUGUUGGAGAAGGAGUAUAUCAGAGGCCAACGCAAUCCUUCGAGUAAACUUUGCCUCCGCAUCGUCAAGUACAUAGCCUUUGAGAAGCGCAAGCUGUGCAGCACGAAGCUGAAGAGCUACCACCUUAAGAUGGCCUGGCUGGCGUUCUUUGAGUUGAAGGGCAGCAACUUUGGCCCAGAAGGCGGCCUCGCUGGCGGGGCAGAGGUACGAGAGAAGACGAAGGAACUUCUUGAUUUCAUGAUCAAAAAGGUGGGCUCUAGGAGCCUGCCCCACUUCUUUGCCCCAAACAUCAACCUUCUUUGCAAUUUUAAACAGUCCGACUUCAAUAUUGCAAAGGCCGGGCUCGAAGCCGUACAGCGUGUUGUUCUGAGCCUCCCCUUCAGUUAAAGAUGCUCCUUCAGAUCAAGGAACACGUUGAAUGUUUAGUUUCCCAACAUGUACGAUGUCAUGUUCAUGUACUUCAAUUUAUUUUGAUGC